GGGGCGGGACCUCCCUACCGUCGUAGCGUGACGGGCGCGCCCGGCUGGGCGGAGCCUCCCUAUGAACCCGGUUGGCGGGAGUGGCGACUGUCGCCUGAACUGUCCAGCUAUGGAGCCCACUGCAGGGAGCGAGAACGGAGGUGGCGUGGCCACCAGGGAGUGGGGGAAGAGCAUCCCGGUGCCCAGGCCGCCCUCCAUUGAGGACUUCACCAUAGUGAAGCCCAUUAGCCGAGGCGCUUUCGGGAAAGUGUAUCUGGGACAGAAAGGCGGCAAGUUGUACGCAGUGAAGGUUGUCAAAAAAGCAGACAUGAUCAAUAAAAAUAUGACUCAUCAGGUGCAAGCUGAGAGAGAUGCACUAGCACUGAGUAAAAGUCCAUUCGUUGUCCAUUUGUAUUACUCCCUGCAGUCAGCAAGCAACGUCUACCUGGUAAUGGAGUACCUUAUUGGUGGAGACGUCAAGUCUCUCCUACACAUAUAUGGUUACUUUGAUGAAGAGAUGGCUAUAAAAUACACUUCUGAGAUAGCACUGGCUUUAGACUACCUGCACAGGCAUGGAAUCAUCCAUAGGGAUUUGAAACCAGACAACAUGCUUAUUUCUAAUGAGGGUCAUAUUAAGCUGACCGAUUUUGGCCUUUCCAAAGUUGCUCUGAAUAGAGAUAUCAAUAUGAUGGACAUCCUGACAACACCAUCAAUGGCUAAACCUAGGCAAGAUUAUUCACGAACACCAGGACAAGUAUUAUCUCUCAUCAGUUCUUUGGGAUUUUUCACACCAGUUGCAGAAAAAGACAAAGAUUCUACAAAUGUCUUGUCAACCUGUCAGUCUGAACCACAGCUUGCUCACGGGUUAAUGUGUCCUAUGUCCAUAGAUGAAAAGGAGCUUACUUAUUCUAACAAGCAGCUAAAACCACGUCUCAAAAAACUUGAAUCUAAGCCAGAAGUACCUGUGAAAUGUCUGACUUCUAAUUUACUGCAGUGUAGGGAAAGACUGGGGACAUCCAGUACCAGUAGUCAGUCCCACACCAUCGUGUCCAGUAUGGAAUCAGAAUGCCACAGCAGUCCCAAAUGGGAAAAGGACUGCCAGGAAAAUGAGGCAUCAUCAGGCUCUACAAUGGUGAGUUGGAAUGCAGUUGAAACAUUGGCAAAAUCUACAAAUACUGUCGAGACCAAAAGUUUCCAUAAAAAGGAUCUUGAAUUGGCUCUUUCUCCCAUUCAUGACAGCAGUGCCCUUCCUGCCACUGGAAGCAGUUGUGUGGACCUUUCUAAAAAGUGCUUUUCUGGGGACCUUUCUUGGGAAACAAGAGAACUGGAUAUAAGUAAUGUAAACAUGACAACUGACACAAGGCAGUCUGGUUUCCAUCAGGCAGAUCAGUGGACUAUAAAUUCAAGUGGUAUAUCUGAAGAACACCUUGAGAAAAGAAAUAUAAAAAGAAAUUUUCAACUGGUUGACUCUAGUCCUUGUCAGGACAUUAUACAAAAUAAAAAAAACUGUAUAGACUAUAAGCAUGGUCAUGAAAUGAUAAGUUGCUAUACAGGUCAAAAUACAGACAUAACAGCUGAAGUCCAGACUCUUAAGCUGUCAGCAUACAGAAGUCAACAAACUGACUGUGCUAAUAAAAGCAGUGUCACUUAUUUUAAUGAUAAGCAACAAAACCCAGAAGAAUUACACAUACCAGUGAUAGCAAAAAACCUUAUGUCUGAACUAGAUGAAGAUUGUGAAAUGACUAAUAAAAAGGACUACCUAAGUUCUAAUUUGAUAUGUUCUGAUGAUGAUAGAGCUCCUAAAACUGUUUGUAUGGAUUCAGAUUCAUCUUUUCCUGGAAUUUCUAUAAUGGAAAGUUCAUUGGAAAGGUCGGACUUAGAUCCAGAUAAAAGCAUCAAAGAAUCUUCUUUUGAAGAAUCAAAUAUUGAAGACAUCUGUCAUAAUUCUGUCCUGGAGAGUCACCAAAUGUUAGCUCCUUCAAAAGUGUUAAAGACAUUAACCUCUAAAAGAAAUGCUGUAGCUUUUCGGAGUUUUAACAGUCAUAUUAAUGCAUCCAGUAACUCGGAACCAUCCAAGAUGAGCUUUACUUCCUUAGAUGCCAUGGAUAUUUCAUGUGCAAACAGUGGCUCAUAUCCCAUGGCUGUUACCCCCACUGAGAAAGGAAGAUUCUGUAUGUCACAUCAGCAGACUCCAAAUCAGGUCAAGUCAGGAACAUCAUACAGAACUCCAAAGAGUGUGAGAAGAGGGGCAGCCCCAGUAGAUGAUGGGAGAAUUCUAGGAACCCCAGACUACCUGGCACCUGAGCUCUUACUAGGCACAGCCCACGGUCCUGCUGUAGACUGGUGGGCACUUGGAGUUUGUUUGUUUGAAUUUCUAACAGGAAUUCCACCCUUUAAUGAUGAAACCCCACAGCAAGUAUUCCAGAAUAUUCUGAAAAGAGACAUCCCUUGGCCAGAAGGUGAAGAAAAGUUAUCUGAUAAUGCUCAAAGUGCAAUGGAAAUACUUUUAACCAUUGAUGAUACAAAGAGAGCUGGAAUGAAAGAAUUGAAACAUCAUCCUCUCUUCAGUGAUGUGGACUGGGAAAAUCUACAGCAUCAAACUAUGCCUUUUGUACCCCAACCAGAUGAUGAAACAGAUACAUCCUAUUUUGAUGCCAGGAACAAUGCUCAGCACCUGACCAUAUCUGGAUUUAGUCUGUAAUACAUCAAUGUCCCUUUUAUCUGACCUUGUAGAUUAGGGUCAUCUUCACAGUUACAUGUUCUGUUCCUUAAUUCUAGAUACAAGCCAGUGAGCUUUUAAUUAAUGUAUGCAACAGUUUUUAUAGAAUUAAACUAUUAAUCAGUAACUUAUCUUAACCUUAGAACUGCGUAUAACAUCACUUUUUUCCAUUUUAUUUAUUCAGUGCACUUUAUGUAGAAUAACGUUAUCAAUAAACUGACACUACCAAUACAUAGAGAAUGAGCCAUAAGCUUGUCUAUUAUCUGUUGAUUUCAUUCUACUAUUCAUUUGGUGUUACUAGGGAAAAAGUACCAUUGCAUUUGAAUGUAAUUUACUUGUACAUGAUUGCCUAUAAAACUGUGGUCUUGAGGGCAGUCAUAUUAGGCAAGACAUAUAAUCUGAAUGUAACUUCAAAAUUAGAUGGGGCCAGAUGUGAUGGCACACGCCUAAAAUCAUCAUAUUGAGGAGGCAGAGGCAAGACGAGAGGAAAGGUGCAAUUUCAAGAUCAAGGCCAGCCUGGUCUCUACACUGGAGGCCAGCCAGGACUGUGCAGGAGUACACAGAAGAACCAAGGCUUUAGCUUACUGUGCUAGGGAUACAGUUUUGCUGCCUUGGCUGCUUUUGGUACCUCCCUCUCCAAUUCCUAUUUGUUUAAAAUAGUAUUGGGAAGGUUGGGUGUUGUAUGUGUUACAUAAUUUUAAUAGCCUGUUCAUUUUUAAUAGAAAAUUCCAUGCUUCGUGUCUUAUUUCUAACAUAAUCAGAGACAAAUAGUAAUAUAGUCAGCAGAGCUGUAACAUGAUUGUCAGCAUUCUUUUCAAAGAGCGUGUACUAAGAUACAGCUCAGGUAUUAUAUGAAAUUCAUGGAAGCUCUCAGCAUAUGUAACCCUUUACAAAAGAGCAAAAUUCAGAUGUAAAUGUAGCAUAGGUAAGGUUUCUGCUAAUAAGAGUAUUAAAAUACCUUUGCACUUUGGCUCUGGUGUUUUUUUACUUUCCAUUACCAUCCCAGUCAGCAUCCAGUUAUAAUGUAGUCUAUAAAGAUAAGUUUAAAACUGUUAAAUUCAAAGGCACACCAUGAUAAUUAGUGGUAUGUAACUGAAUCUGUGGGUUAAUGGUUUAACUGAGCUUAUGUUAAUGAUGACUAAUGUUCCUAAUAGUCACCCCUUCUAGUAAAAUACUAAGUAUUUAGAAAAUUUAUCCUAAGGACUGAUACUGAUAAUUACAGUCAAUUUCAUCAUCUUUUAGAGCACUCCUUACAUUAUCUUAAGAUUAAGAAUGUCAGUUUGGGAACACGGGUGUAGUUCAAUAGGAGAAUGCUUUCCUGGCAUGUGUGAUCCCCAGAAUGCCUAUGACACUACACUGUCCAAAGAUCAUAUUUUCCACAUUUCUUGGUCAUAACAGGCUCUCUUUUUUGUACCUCCUCUUUAUUUCUUGUAAUCAGUUCACAUAGGAACUUAUUAAGCCCACCAUGAGACAGGAAAGGACUUCUUAAUUGCUGAUUUGUUACAUUUAAUGGCAGAUUAGACGUGGUGAAGCUGGGUCUGCCUUCCCCAUCAGAUCAUAAAUUAACCAAGGGCAGACUAAAUCUGUUUUAACAUGACAGGUUCUUGUAUAAUGCUUAUGCUUAACAAACCUGUUGUGAACAAAUAUAUGAUGCAGCCUGAUGCACUAAACUGGGCAGCUAGAAGCUGUGAGCAUAUUCUACACUAUCCAGGCUCCUCUUGCUCUACCAUCUGAGGAUCUGAGGACCCAGAGGAUCCUGCUCAUCUAUCUAUCCAGGGCUGGAAUCAAACAUUUUAUCAGGAUGCAAAACUAAAUGCAAUGACAGAGAAGAUGACAUCCAUGCACAAGCCAUACCCUACCAUCACCGGCCCCUGGCAUUUCCCUCGUUGAAGCUGAAAGCAUAAUUCUUUCAUUCAGUCUAUCAUCCUUUAUAUAGUAUUGUCAAGCAGUAGAAAGAACAGUCUUUGGAGUCAAAUGGCUAAACCACUGUGCUGCCAUAUUAAAAGCCCUUGGGUAGGUUAACAAUAAACAUUAAUAUACUGGAAAUUAAUAUUAACUACAUCGGGGAGCUGGACGUACAGAACUUGCCAAGCAUGCACAAAGUCAUGAGUUCAAUCCCCAGGAACACACAACUACACAAAUACUAAUUACUUUCUAGAGUCAGAAUUAGUAAAAACAGAUUAAGGAACAAACUAGGGUUAGCAAGAUGGCUGAGUGGGUAAAGGUACUUGCCACCAAGCCUGAUAACCCAAGUUCAGUCCCCAGGAUCCACAUGGUGGAAGGAGGGAAUUGACUCCCAACUCUGCACAUUGUCCUCUCACCACGUGGGUGCACACAUGAGUGCACGUGCACACACACAAACGCACACACACACAAAAUAAACAAUGAUAAAAGCUGAAACAGUACUAGAUUGGAGAAAGGUACAAUGGACUUACUUUUAAUAAAGAAGAGUCCUUGAGUAGAAAAUUCAUUUGUGGCCACGUGUUCAUGGUGCAUGCCUUUAAUCCCAGUACUCAGAAGGCAGAUGCAGGUGGGUUUUAGGCCAGCCUCAUCUACAUAGCAAAUUCCAGGUCAGUCAAAGGCUUUACAGUGAGAAUCUGUAAAUCCUAACUGUUGCUCAUAGAAAUUUACACAAUUUUUUUUUCCUUAAGAAAUUAGAAUGUCUUUGGCAGAAACACUGUUUCAGCUGAAGGCACACCAUGGUCAGGUUAUUCCUGUCCUCUGCCUUCCUGUCUAGAGGUAGGCUACAAAUCCUAUUUUACUAGGGACAGCACCAGAAAGCUCUAAGCAAACCUUACUCUACAUAUUUACCUUCCCAGUUUCCCAUCUGUGGGACCCUAAAAUUUCUUUCCUUUGUCCUUCGGAGAUUGAGGCAAGAGGAUUGCUUCAAGUCUGAGGCCAGCCUGGGCUAUAUAGAAGCCCUGUCUCUUUUUUUUU